AUGGGUAUCCACGCCCUAUUUAUUGACUUUUGCAAAGCAAAUGAUCUGGUGGACCGCUUCUGGCUAUGGACACGGAGCUUUCUAGAAGGGAGGAGUCAGCAACUAAAAUUACAAGGUGCUCUGUUAUCUAUAAGGCCUUGCCCUUCCGGAGUCUCCCAGGGAUCUGUUAUAUCACCAACAUUGUUUAAUGUUCAUGUGGAUGACCUCGAAGACUGCAUUCCCAAUUAUCUGGACAUCAAUACGCACAAAUACGCAGAUGACUGCACUCAAGAUGAAGUGAUUCCAUACGGUUCUACUACCAACAUGCAAGAGGUGCUCGAUAAUAAACGACUGGGCACAUAG